AUGAGCCCCGCAGGCCCUGGCAGGGAUAGAGCACAAUGGCAGUCACAGAAGAGACGGGUCAGCUGUAACCCAGCACAGGAAAGACGGGUCAGCUGUAACCCAGCACAGGACAGACGGGUCAGCUGUAACCCAGCACAGGACAGACGGGUCAGCUGUAACCCAGCACAGGAGAGACAGGUCAGCUGUAACUCAGCACAGGACAGAUGGGUCAGCUGUAACCCAGCACAGGACAGGCUGGUCAGCUGUAACCCAGCACAGGAGAGACGGGUCAGCUGUAACCCAGCACAGGACAGACGGGUCAGCUGUAACCCAGCACAGGACAGACGGGUCAGCUGUAACCCAGCACAGGAGAGACAGGUCAGCUGUAACUCAGCACAGGACAGACGGGUCAGUUGUAACCCAGCACAGGACAGGCUGGUCAGCUGUAACCCAGCACAGGAGAGACGGGUCAGCUGUAACCCAGCACAGGACAGACGGGUCAGCUGUAACCCAGCACAGGACAGACGGGUCAGCUGUAACCCAGCACAGGACAGACGGGUCAGCUGUAACCCAGCACAGGAGAGACAGGUCAGCUGUAACCCAGCACAGGACAGGCUGGUCAGCUGUAACCCAGCACAGGACAGACGGGUCAGCUGUAACCCAGCACAGGAGAGACAGGUCAGUUGUAACCCAGCACAGGACAGGCUGGUCAGCUGUAACCCAGCACAGGAGAGACAGGUCAGCUGUAACCCAGCACAGGACAGACGGGUCAGCUGUAACCCAGCACAGGACAGACGGGUCAGCUGUAACCCAGCACAGGAGAGACAGGUCAGUUGUAACCCAGCACAGGACAGGCUGGUCAGCUGUAACCCAGCACAGGAGAGACAGGUCAGCUGUAACCCAGCACAGGACAGGCUGGUCAGCUGUAACCCAGCACAGGACAGACGGGUCAGCUGUAACCCAGCACAGGAGAGACAGGUCAGCUGUAACCCAGCACAGGAGAGACAGGUCAGCUGUAACCCAGCACAGGACAGACAGGUCAGCUGUAACCCAGCACAGGACAGACGGGUCAGCUGUAACCCAGCACAGGACAGGCUGGUCAGCUGUAACCCAACACAGGACAGGCUGGUCAGCUGUAACCCAGCACAGGAGAGACAGGUCAGCUGUAACCCAGCACAGGAGAGACGGGUCAGCUGUAACCCAGCACAGGACAGACGGGUCAGCUGUAACCCAGCACAGGACAGACAGGUCAGCUGUAACCCAGCACAGGACAGGCUGUUCAGCUGUAACCCAGCACAGGACAUGUACAAACAUGAUCUACCGCUAUGA